AUGCUGCGUUCAGAUCUGCUGCUUACGCAUUAUGACCCGACAUUGCCGAUCGUCGUCACUACAGACACCGCCAAUCAUGGCAUUGGUACCGUCAUUUCGGCCAAUUUUUCCGACAGGUCCGAAAGGGCGAUCAUGCACGCAUCCCGAACGUUCACGUCUGUUGAGAAGAACUAUGACCAAAUCGAAAAAGAAGCACUAUCCAUCCUAUUUGCCGUCAAGAAGUUCCACAAGCUGCUGUACGGUUUUCAUUUCACGCUGGUGACCGACUAUAAACCGUUGAUGUCAAUCUUCGGUUCGAAGGGCAUUCCAGCCUAUUCAGCCAGCCGACUUCAACGAUGA